UCAUUCGUUUGGGUACGCCUCUAGAGAAUCAAUCACUCAUUCAUUUGGUGCACAUCUCGUAUUUUUGUCAUUUCGCUUUCAUUCGUGCUUUUCGCUGAUACGCAUCGUAAGGGUAGACCGUCGCGUUGACAGCGAAGCGGACCUUCAUAUUUCAAGUGUGUUUUUAAAUUUAGAUGGAUUCUCGCACAGUUAAAUACAUGUGUCUAAUAAAUAGAUUAAUCGUGAAACCAGUGUUGACAACUAUGGCCGUGUGUAUAUCUUUAUUUUGCAUGGUUUUCAUGCAAUAGUGCAACAAGCGUUCGAGUCGCAACGGGCCCGUGUAAACAGAAGAAAGGAUUUCGGCUGCAAGAUGCCUACGGACUCGGAAUGCGAAUGUGAGGCGGUGUCGAAGGAAUGGCUGCUCGCGAAGCUGCGGUCGGAUGAGAGAGACACGGUGCUUAUUGACUGCCGGGGCUCGAACGAGUACGCGAUGUCGCACAUUCGGUCGGCGGUAAACUUCUCCAUCCCGAGCAUCAUGCUGCGAAGGCUGGCUGCGGGCAAGAUCGAGCUGGCGUCAACGGUGCAGUGCAAGGAGCUAAAGGCGCGCAUCGUGGCGUGCCGCGCACGAGGCACGUUCGUGCUGUACGGCGACGGCGCGCCGCGGGACCCUGACACGGUGCACGGCAUCCUGCUGCGCCGUCUCAAGCAGGACGGCGUGCAGGUCGUCUGCUUGCAAGGUGACUUCCCGGAGUUCCACCGCGCCUAUCCGGAGUGGUGCAGCGAGGCGGGCGCCCAGCAUGUGCCGCACCUGCCGCUCAUGGGGCUGAGGUCUCUACGCAUCUCGGGGUCGGGGUGCGAGGAGGGCCUGUCGUCGGGCUCGUCGUCGGAGUGCGAGGAGCCGCACGCGCACGCGCCCGACUUCCCCGUCGAGAUCCUGCCCAACCUCUACCUCGGCAACUCCACCAAUAGCGAGGACUGCGACGCGCUCGCCAGGCAUAACAUCAAGUACGUGCUGAACGUGACGCCGGACCUGCCCAACGCGUUCGAGGCGGCGGGCGGCGACAUUAGCUACCUGAAAAUCCCCAUCGCCGACCACUGGAGUCAGAACCUCGCAGUGCACUUCCCGCAGGCUAUACGGUUUAUUGAACAGGCGAUGUCGGCGCGGUGCGGCGUGCUGGUGCACUGCGUGGCGGGCGUGUCGCGCUCGGUGACGGUGACGCUGGCCUACCUCAUGCAGCGGCACCGUCUGUGCCUGCGCGACGCCUUCGAGCUGGUGCGCGCGCGCAAGACCGACAUCGCGCCCAACUUCCACUUCAUGCGCCAGCUGCACGCCUUCGAGCAGGACCUCGGCCUCCACGAGCGCAGCGCCAGCCUGAGUAAGGUGCUGGAGGAGUUGGGCGUGCGUGAGCCGGCCGGCUCGGGCGCGGGUGCGGGUGCGGCGGCGGCGUGCGGCUGCGCGGUCGCGGCGCCGCAGGGGACGGGCGUGUCGCCCGACUCCGGCAUCGAGUUCGACCGCUGGAGCGCGGCGCGCGACACGCCGCAAUGACAGUUCUUCACGCCCCGCACGCCCCCCUCCCCACCCCCGCGGGACCGUCCCGCCUGAGCGCCGAGAGGCCGUGCAGUGCACGUGCAGGUAGUGCACUAGUGUGUCGACGUCGACGUGCGGCGCGGCGACGGUGCUCGUUCCGGCGCCCCGAACCGUUUUACACGUACAUGAUCUAGAUACUUUAGAGAGCACUUCCUUAUGUCAAAUAAUUUAAUCGACUUAGUGCCACCUAUGGAUAUAUGGUAGUAAUAAGUGAAUGGUUUAGAGAGUAUGAGAUGUACGUUAUACAUAUUUGGUAAGCCGAUUUUAUAAGUUUGAUAUCUAUGUAUACUAAGGAUCUAUGGAUACGAAACUGAAAAUGCAUUCCCAAGUAUAUCUUCCACUAUUAUGCAUUUUGAGUUCAUAUUUUUAUUAAAAUGAUUAUAAUUUUUGUGAAAGUAUGGUUAUAGUGAUUAUUUUCGGAGGUCGCGUCCUCUGUGAGGAGCGGCCGAAAUGAUUCCAUGUCUAAUUAAAAACUAUUUUGAUGUACCUAUCUAUACAAUGAAGCAGCAUAUGAAUGGAUUUGAUAUUUGUUUGUUGACUGUGACAGUUGGAGGCUGACGAGCGAGCGGAAGGUUUUUGAUUGGAUUUUUCGGUGCGCUUAUUUGGUCAGGCGACCAAGUUCAUUGUUUUAUUAUAGACGUUGCUAUUUCUAGUAAAACAGGGCUUCUCGAAACUCUUCCAUUGUUGUUGAUGUAAUAAACAUUACUAUAUGUAUUUGUAUGAAAGUCGCGGGUGUGCGUGUGAUAUAGUCUUAAUUAUCUACUUAUCUCUAUAAAUAUAUUUACAAGUUUUACGUAACACCGACCACUGCUGCCGAAGUUAGUUGUACUUUAAGAAGACCCCUCCCUUAGCUAGCGUUCACAUUUUAUUUCUAAAGGUUAUGCUAUUAUAACUUAAGAGUAUAUUUAUAGUCGAAUUUGGGGGUAAAGUAUAGAGGAAUGAAUUAUUUUUCUAUCAGUCUUCUAAAAACUUUUUCAUCAUCUCGAAUAGUAGGAUCAUUAGUAUUUUUCUAAGGACUAGCCGGCGGCGAGGGAAGCGCCGCGGCGCAGUCACUGACUACGUGAUAGUUUAUUUUGUAAUUAUGAUCAUGUUCAUUGGCAUUUAUUGUGUUUAUUUGCUAAUGAAUUAUAUUUUUCUAUAUGGUUGAAAUGAUUUCUUAUCAAAUUUUAGUGUGUGUAAGUGGCAAGCUUUAAAAUUAAGUACCCACGUUAACUGAAAGUAUAUUGUUAACAAAUUGUACAUUUGUUGUAGCCUAAGAUAGUGUUGAGACCCGCUUCCUCGACUCGAUGCCAACAGUAGAUGCAGAUGAUAUUGUUUGAUAAGUAUUCGCAAUAAUGUUGUAACAUGAGCAUAUGUUAUUGUUAUCUUAGAACGUAUUUCUCAAUAACCAAAUGUAACUUGUUUUAUGAAUAUUCGAGCGUAUAAUUAUUGAAGGGAAUAGAAUAUUCUAAAUAUUAACACCUUGGUUGCACUGUCAUUUUGAUUUUGAUUAGGUGUUAGAUGUCUUACAUUCAGUUUUAUAUGGCAGUGGCACUCUCACAUAACACACAUAGUAUAGUCAGAUUCCUCAUGCUGAUGAAUUUUAAACUACUUGACUAUAAUUUAAAUUAUGAGUUAUUCCUUGAUCUCCGUCCAUUAUUAUUUGUUCAAAGUCUAUUAAAUUACAUGAUGUUAAAAUUACCCAUGUUCAGCAGGUGGACAAGUGUGGUUGUUAGAUAGGGAAUGAUUAAUUAAGGUAUCAUGCGAUAAAAUUCUCUCAGUCGAGAUUUCCUAUAUAGCACUGCAUGUAAGAUAUCUAACGGUAUUUUUUUAUUAUUGUACCUAGUGCACAAAUGACAACCCUAUUCGUACAAGCACGAUGUGAAUGAGAGCUGUUUUCUCAGCAACCUGUGUAAAUACCUGUAACCGGAACUGUUGUUUCGAUUGAUCAUUAAUAACAUGUUAACAAAGAUGUUACUAAUGUUUUAGACGUCUUUUAGUGCUUUUUUCCCUUAGGUACAUAAAGCCACAAGGCACACGUAAUAUUAACCUCAAAACAAAUAUAAACACUGUUAAUUGAAA